AUGAACAAACCCCUCAAUCAAAAAUGGUUCUACGCCCAACUUCUCGUGUACCAGAUGUUUAUGCUAUUCAUCAACCCUAUUCUGGUGAUCGUCACCCUCCCCUACACGUUCUACCACUUCUCCCCGAACUGGGGCAUGCAAGACAAGGACAUGCCGCCUGUUCAGCUCUACAUCGACCACUUCUACCGCUUACACCCAGACCUUAUAGUUGGUCUUCACUCGAAUUUCGAGCGACUGCAACUAUUCACAGGAAAAGACCCUAUCCCACUCCAGCGUAUAGCCUUCUGGCCAUACAAAUACGAUAAAAAUACAGGCCAGACAGAAUUCAACUUCGUUGCAGCGCUGUUCGCCGUCCUCGAAGACGCAGGCUGGCCGCGGCGGGUCAUCUGGACUUUUUUACGGGACGAGGUGGAGAAGAAUACGGUGGAUCUAGGCCUAACCGACGCCCAAAAGGGCGAAUUCGCGCGCGUGAUGCAGAAAAUGAGCAGUCACCAUCUAGCCGGCUAUAUCACGAAGCUAUCGCACAAGGUCUACGGUGCGAGGAUGAAUAAACAAGCUCGGGAGAUGAUGUCUAACCUGGAACCAUUGACUGAUCUGCACACGGUGAUCCCUGUGUCGCUGAACUCGGUGGACUGGGUGCUGCAACGUGGAUGUGUGGUUAGCCCGAAUCCGACUGCUGUGUGGGAGUCAUUCGAGCGGUUAUCUCGCCUGUCGAAAUUUUCAGCUAUAUGGGGGUGGGUCGGUAAGGGCAGGACUCUGGAGGAGGCGAUAGGGAAGCAUUGGCAGAUUUUGGAUAUGAGGUUAAAGCCUUGGGACGAAUAA